CCAACCCUUGGCCAAAGGGAAAGAGGCAGGACAUCCGCCCGUUCUGAGCCACCUACGGAAGUGACGUCGAAGUGUCAACAUGCAAGAUGGCGGCACAUCACCGGCAGAACACAGCAGGGCGGAGGAAAGUGCAGGUUUCCUAUGUUAUUCGAGAUGAAGUGGAGAAGUACAACCGAAAUGGAGUCAAUGCUCUGCAGCUGGAUCCAGCACUAAAUAGACUUUUCACAGCCGGUCGAGACUCUAUCAUAAGAAUAUGGAGUGUCAAUCAGCACAAGCAAGAUCCAUAUAUAGCAUCUAUGGAACACCAUACUGAUUGGGUAAACGACAUUGUACUCUGUUGUAAUGGGAAAACAUUGAUAUCUGCUUCUUCUGACACGACAGUAAAAGUAUGGAAUGCACACAAGGGAUUUUGCAUGUCAACAUUAAGGACACAUAAGGAUUACGUAAAGGCCUUAGCAUAUGCCAAGGAUAAAGAACUAGUAGCAUCAGCUGGGUUGGACAGACAAAUAUUCCUUUGGGAUGUGAAUACUCUAACAGCAUUGACUGCCUCAAAUAACACUGUCACAAGUUUACAUCGAGAGAGUGGUUCAUAUUUUGAGAGUGCUUCUACCUACAGCGUUCUAGCCCCCAAGAGUAUGAUUGAACAACAAAGAGCUAGUUCCUCACUGCAGUCUAAAAAUGCUUCUUCUUUAAGUGGAAACAAAGAUUCCAUUUAUAGCCUGGCCAUGAAUCAACUGGGAACAAUCAUUGUAUCAGGGUCCACUGAAAAGGUGUUAAGGGUAUGGGAUCCAAGAACAUGUGCAAAACUAAUGAAGCUUAAAGGGCACACGGAUAAUGUGAAGGCAUUGCUAUUAAACAGAGAUGGCACGCAAUGCCUUUCAGGCAGUUCUGAUGGGACAAUUCGCCUUUGGUCCCUUGGCCAGCAGAGAUGUAUAGCAACAUACCGAGUCCAUGAUGAAGGUGUUUGGGCGCUGCAAGUCAAUGAUGCCUUCACACAUGUGUAUUCUGGUGGAAGGGACAGGAAGAUUUAUUGUACAGACCUAAGAAACCCUGACAUUCGGGUGCUAAUUUGUGAAGAAAAAGCACCAGUUCUCAAGAUGGAGCUUGAUAGAUCAGCUGAUCCUCCUCCUGCAAUUUGGGUUGCAACAACUAAGUCUACAGUAAAUAAAUGGACUUUGAAAGGAAUUCAUAAUUUUAGAGCCUCUGGAGAUUAUGACAAUGACUGUACAAAUCCUAUAACACCUCUUUGUACACAACCUGACCAGGUUAUUAAAGGGGGUGCUAGUAUUAUUCAGUGCCACAUUCUUAAUGAUAAGAGACAUAUAUUAACCAAAGAUACCAAUAAUAAUGUGGCAUAUUGGGAUGUAUUGAAGGCAUGUAAAGUUGAAGAUCUGGGCAAAGUGGAUUUUGAAGAUGAAAUUAAGAAAAGAUUUAAAAUGGUGUAUGUGCCAAAUUGGUUCUCAGUAGACUUAAAAACAGGGAUGUUAACUAUUACUUUGGAUGAAAGUGAUUGUUUUGCUGCCUGGGUUUCUGCAAAAGAUGCUGGUUUCAGCAGCCCUGAUGGGUCAGAUCCAAAAUUGAAUUUAGGAGGACUUUUACUCCAAGCACUCCUGGAAUAUUGGCCUAGAACACAUGUGAAUCCAAUGGAUGAAGAGGAAAAUGAAGUAAACCAUGUAAAUGGGGAGCAGGAGAACCGAGUGCAGAAGGGAAAUGGAUAUUUUCAAGUGCCCCCACAUACACCCGUGAUCUUUGGUGAAGCUGGAGGUCGCACACUGUUCAGGCUGCUCUGCCGAGAUUCCGGGGGUGAGACUGAGUCUAUGCUUCUUAAUGAAACAGUGCCACAAUGGGUAAUUGACAUCACUGUGGAUAAAAAUAUGCCCAAAUUCAACAAAAUUCCUUUCUACCUCCAACCUCAUGCAUCUUCAGGAGCAAAAACCUUAAAAAAAGAUAGACUCUCUGCUAGUGACAUGCUCCAAGUCCGAAAAGUUAUGGAACAUGUUUAUGAAAAAAUUAUCAACUUGGAUAAUGAGUCUCAAACCACUAGCUCUUCUAAUAAUGAAAAACCAGGAGAACAGGAAAAAGAAGAAGAUAUUGCUGUGUUGGCAGAGGAGAAAAUUGAACUUUUGUGCCAGGACCAGGUUUUGGAUCCAAAUAUGGACCUUCGAACAGUGAAACACUUCAUAUGGAAGAGCGGUGGAGACCUCACCCUCCAUUACCGUCAGAAGUCCACGUGAAGGCUGGGCUAAUGCUCCUGGAUAUUCAUUUACGACCUUCCUCUAUGGCCCCAAGAGUAGUCCUAGGAAGCCCACUGAUCCCCAACGGGAGCAAGACUUCUAACGGCUGAUUUGGUAUGGACCGAGAUUAUCUUUCAAUUGAAGUGACUAAUCAAGAUGUAAUAUAGAAACCAGUCUCCAUGUGUAGAUUAAGCUGUCCCCAGGGAAGCAGAGUGCAAGAGCAGAAGAGCCCCAAGCAGACUAUGUCUUUCGAGAUGUACAGAAGACUGACAACAGGCCAGUGCAGACUUUGCUUCCUCCUUUUGUUUCAAAGGACCUUAUCUGCCCGUUAACACUUGUUAGAGACACCUCAGUCGGGCCACAACUGUCUCUGUUUCAACUUUAAGCCCACACACACUGUAGCUUUUCUAAAAGAGUGCAUUCCAUUCAUGCAAUAGAUAUGAAGGCUUUUUCCAAGUUUGUCAUAUAAAAAAAUCAAAUUGUUUUCACCGUUUAAGACAGUUAUUUUUAAUGGGAAUUUGCUGUUGCACAAUUUGAGAACCAGCCCAUUUCAUAAUAAAAUAUUAAUGUUGGGCUUGUUUUUAAUAUUGCAUCUCAGAUGUGUUCUUGUAGGAAGAUCUGUUGAAAUUCCAGGUGCUGGAUCAUAGCACUUGGACUGUUGGGCUGGAGUUUGUGCAGCCCAUGCCUAGCGAUGCUGCACCUCCCAUGAUGUCCUGGCUUUGUGGCAACCCCAGGGAGGUGCAGCAGUUUCACUCCUUCCUCCACUGUGUCCAGUUUUAUUUACACAAAGCGAGCUGAGACCACAGGUUCUUGCUCUGGAUGAGCAGCAUGACACCAUCAAAAUUUAAGACCAUGAUGAAAUUUCAGUUUCAUUCAAAUGUUACCUAAAAUUUAUGGUGUCAGAAUAAAGGGAGAUGAUAGUGAGUUAAUUUGAUAUUCAUAUCCUGGAAGUAUACAUAUUUGUUUUUCCAAAGUUUUAUAUGCAGGUUUUUGUUGUACCUGUAUCCAGAUCUUCUUUUCACUGUUCUAACAAUCUAACAAUUUCAUAGAAUCAUUUGGAUCUUGUAUACAAUGUAACUUAUUGGGGAUAAACACUUCAACUUUUGGCAGAAAAAACUUUGGAUUCUCCCCAAGGUCAUUUGUAUUCAGAGUAAAUCAAUGGUCCACCCCCAUAAAACUGUAAGACAAGCCUCCUGUAUGAAGCCAGAAGCACAAGUGCCUUCAGAGGGCAGUUGAUUCCAGUCCAGUUGCCUCCCUAGCUUGUGUGUGGCCUGCCUCCACCAUAGCAGGGACUAGGGAGGGAGGCAGGGAAGGUUUUUUCUUUUCUACAUCUUCACAGGUUCGGCUGGGGGCAGCUGAUGGGCCUAAGUCCAUACCUUACUAUUUAAGAUACUCCGAUCGCACAACUGCAGAGACAGGGUUCCCUCACUGCUAGUCAGCUUCUUUUGGAAACUGGACAGGCCAUUGCCACCUGCACUUUGAAGAAGUGAGCAAAGACGUGGCCACAUUUCUAAUAAGUUGAAAUGGUCUUUCUCCCUUCCUCAGAGAGCAACCAGCUUCUUUUUUUUAAAAGUCCUUUCUAUCUGUUGGAUACAACAGUGCGCUUUUGGUGCACAUUUUUUAGCAAUAGUUGUGAAUUAAUGGCAAAAAAAAAAAAAAAAAAAAUUAUUUACCAGCCCUCAGUUGUGUUUGCCCGAGGGGCCUUUGAGCAAAGAAAUGGGUUUUGCUGGGUCAUUUUGCCCUGUGUGCUAAGCCUUGGGUGGCUGCAUUCCCCUCCUGUCAUAGAUCUGACCCCCAGCAUGAUUGUAUUUCUUUCCCCUCCAGUCAAACCGUAAUACAGUUUCCAGAAAAUUUGACAGUCUGCAAUGCCAAAAGGGUAAAAAUCUGUACUUCACAGUUGUAUAGAAUAAAGGCUUUAGUUAAAAUA